AUGCGGGUCCGUAUCCGAGACCCCUCGGGCAAAUCAAGCACUGCGACACUCGAUGACUCUGCGACAAUAGACACGCUGCGGAAAACAAUCGCAGCUGAAACGUCUUUGUCUGCCUUUGAAGUCAAGUAUGGCUAUCCUCCGAAACCACUGGUGCUCGACCAAUAUCCUUCUUCCAAGCUGCUCUCGGAGCUUGAAUUCAAACUGAACGGAGAACAGCUGAUUGUCAAUUCUGUUGAACCGUCGUCAGGCCGCAAAGAUAUUCCUCAGCCACUUCAGUCGGCACAUAGCAGCGGCUCUCAGCAAGAGGCCCAAACCGGUCCCUCCAAGGACCCGAAUCCCACUUCUCGAUCAUCCGCGGCCGCAUCCCAGCCGGCUCCCACCCUUCAGGGAUCCUCAUCAGCACCUUUAUCACUCACCCGGAAAGACAAUAAAGAGAUGUCGGAUCCGCCCGAAAUCUUCCUCCCAGAUCUAGGAGGGAGCUUGGUUCUGCGAAUCAUGCCGGACGACAAUUCGUGUCUGUUCAGAGCGAUUGCCAGCGCUGUCAUGUCAGACAUGGACACAGUAACGGAAUUGAGAUCCAUCGUUGCCCAAACAAUUCAGGCCAACCCUGAUAAAUAUUCGAAGCCAAUCUUGGAUAACAAAGAACCGGACGCAUAUUGUCGGUGGAUACAGAGUGAGGAUGCCUGGGGUGGCCAAAUCGAACUUGACAUCCUGAGUCAGCAAUUUGACAUCGAAAUUUGCAGCAUUGACGUCCAAACUUUGCGGGUUGACAGAUACAACGAAGGAGCUCGUCGACGUUGCUUCGUUGUCUACUCGGGCAUCCAUUACGACACAAUCGCACUUAGUCUGUUCGGGAUGCCACCAGAGGAUGAUGUCAAGCAGUUUGAGCAACCGUUGUCGGAUGAGGUCCUUCCACAGGCUGUGGCUUUGUGUCAGAGGCUCCAGGAAAAACAUUACUACACCGACACUGCUGGAUUCAGGCUUAAAUGUGGUGACUGCGGCGCCACCUGUAUUGGUGAGGCUGGAGCAACUCAGCACGCCCAAGCGACUGGCCACUAUAAUUUCGGAGAGGCCACAUAG